UACCUCCCCCCCAUUUAUAUUAAUUCUUAUGGGGAAAUCAGAUUCGCUUAACUUCGUUUCGCUUAAAGUCGCAUUUUUCAGGAAAAUAACUACAACGUUAAGCGAGGAGUUACUGUAUUAUCAUACAUCCAAGGGCAGAAGGGAACACUGUGAUCACCGGUCUGACACCCUGUGUAACACAGGCCUUGGAACUUUCCCAGAAUAAUUCCUAGACCAUGUUUUUUUUUUUUAAAUCCAGUCUUGGUUUAAAAGUUGCCUGUGAUGGCGACUCCACCACAACCCUUGGUAAUUUUGUUCCGAGGGUUUAUUACCCUUGCUAUUAAAAAUGUGUGUCUUAUUUCCAGUCUGUGCACAGUUUAUAAGCCGACCCUGGCCUCAUUUUCAUGGCUGUGGGGGCCCAGGAUCAGAGCUCUCUUUCAGGAGGCACCCACAGGGCCCCCUUACUUUCCAGCUGCUCAUUUCUCCAGCCUGACUCUUCAGUAAAUUCAAAACCAACCCGGUCCCGGCCAGCUGGCCCCUGCAACUCCCGCCUCCCUGGCAGCUAGCGCAGCCCUGGCUGCAUCUCUCCCCAACUACGGUGGCAGUGUCCCCCGCUCCCGCUCCUCCACCCGCCCGCUCGGCGCCUAGGGCGCCCCUGGAGGCAUGGGGCUCAGGGGCUGCUCUCCCCUUCCCCCGCCCUGACGCGGUGUGGCCGCGCACAUGCCCAGAAGCGAGCGGCGGAGCGUCCGGGCCGUGCAGCCUGUGACAGCGGCGGCGCUUUCCCUUCCGCUGGGUGUGGGCUCUGCAGCAGCGCCGCGCCCGCCCAGCCCGGGAGCAGGGACACACACACACAUACCGACAGACAGAGGCGCACCGGGGCCCCGUCCGCGCUUCUCCCCGCGCCGAGGGGCGGGAGGCAGCCAUGUCGCUAUUGUCUCGGGCGCUGCCUGCGCUGCGGCUCUAUUGCAUCGGCCUCGCCGUCGCCCUGCACCAGCUGCUGCGCCGCCUCCGCCCCGGCGGGCCCCCCGCGCCAGUUUUCCCUACACAAAAUGGAAAUGUUGCUAUAGUGACUGGAGGUGCUAAAGGAAUUGGUUAUCAUACUGUGAAGCAUUUGGCAAGACUUGGCAUGCACGUUAUAAUAGCUGGAAACGAUGAACGUGAAGGCCAAGAAGCAGUGAGGAAAAUAAAAGAAGAAACUGUGAAUGAAAAAGUGGAGUUUUUACACUGUGAUUUGGCUUCAAUGAAGUCCAUACGGCAAUUUGUGCAACAGUUUAGAGCAAAGAAUUGUCCACUCCACGUCUUGGUGAAUAAUGCGGGGGUGAUGCUGGUCCCUGAAAGGAAAACAGAGGAUGGAUUUGAGGAGCACUUUGGCUUGAACUACUUGGGACAUUUCCUGUUGACUAACCUUCUCUUGGAAACAUUGAAGCAAUCAGGAACUCGCAGUCGCAAUGCUAGAAUCAUCACUGUCUCAUCAGCCACCCAUUAUGUAGGGAGAUUGCACCUUAAUGAUUUACAAAGCAGAUGUUCUUAUUCACCCCAUGGAGCCUAUGCCCAAAGCAAACUUGCCCUUGUAUUGUUUACCUAUCGACUACAGCAUCUCGUGACAGCAGAUGGGAGCCAUGUGACUGCUAAUGUAGUAGACCCUGGAGUAGUGAACACCGAGCUCUAUAAAAAUGUCUGUUGGGCUACAAAAGUGGUGAAGUGGAUGACAGCCUGGCUAUUUUUCAAGACUCCAGAGGAAGGAGCCGCUACGUCCAUCUAUGCAGCUGUCUCACCAGAGCUGGAAGGAGUUGGUGGCAUCUAUCUUUACAAUGAGCAAAGGACAAAAUCUACUGAUGUAUCGUAUGAUGAAGAGCUGCAGCGAAGGCUCUGGACUGAAAGCUGCAAGAUGACUAGGAUUUCUGAUGUAGGUAACAGAGAUCUCUAAAAGUAGCCACUUCCAACUGGGUGAAUGAAAUGUGUCCAACAAGCAUCCUUACCUGACUCCUUGCAGCAUGAACCAUCAUCCUGGAAUGCACUGUUCAAUUCCAAAGGCAAAUGUGAACAGUGCUGCUUUUCACUUGAACCCAUAGUCUGCUAGGGAGUCAAGGGGAAAUAUUCCCACAGAAAUGUGUAUAGGGUGGUUUUAAAUUUAACCAUCAGUUUUGUAAUCAUGAUGUUUUGGUCUGUGAUUAAAAAAAUCGUUAACCUUG